UUGGCAACGGCCGCUGAGUGGGCGCCUCUACCCGACGGAGGCCGCAGAGGCGGAAGGCAGCCGGAGCCGGAGCGCCAGGCCGCGGCCGGUGUGAACCCUAAAACCUCAUUGGCAAAAUGGGGUCCGAAAGCCCAAGCCCUCAAAACCCCAGCUGCAAAAUCAUGACUUUUCGUCCAACGAUAGAGGAGUUCCGGGAAUUUGGAAAGUACAUUGCUUACAUCGAAUCCCAGGGAGCUCACAGGGCAGGACUUGCUAAGGUGAUUCCGCCCAAGGAGUGGAAGCCACGCAGGAGCUACGAUGACAUUGACAGCAUGGUCAUCCCUGCUCCCAUCCAGCAGGUGGUGACGGGCCAGUCUGGACUCUUCACCCAGUAUAAUAUUCAGAAGAAGCCCAUGCUGGUCGGAGACUAUCGGCGCUUGGCCAACAGUGAGAAGUCCACGUGGACACGGUCAAGCAGACAAGCACCAGGAGCUGUGGAGGCCCAGUUAGGAUCAGGACCACAGCGUGGGGCCGUUUUCCCUUCCAGAAAGGGCUGUGGGGAGCUGCUAUUUGCCCCCCUGCAAAAGCUUACACGUGGCCCAUCACUGCAAGUGCCGCUGGACUCCAAUCCGGCUGUUCUACUGCGAGGCUCAGAGGAGAGUGUGGAAACCCCCUUCUUAGCUUGAAGCCGUGGCAUACUGGUGGAGCAUACAGCCAGUCCCAGGUGUCGUGCCCACCAUCUCUUCUUUCUUACAUUUAAUAAUUACUAAUUAUAUUAAUAAUAAACAUAAUUAUUAAUAAACAGGAGACUUUUAGCAGCAUAACGGCUAAUAAGAUUUUAUUUGAGUAGAAGUUUUUGUAGAUUAUAGCCCUAUGGAAUAAAAUGUCAGUUUUCAAAGUGCUACAAGACUCCUGUGUGGGCUUUUUGCUACCCCCCUGUGGAAUUAUAAUUCUUUUUUUUUUUUUAAACUUUUUAUUUUGCAUUUUUAUAUAACUUUUUUCAAAACUACAAAUAACCAAAUUAAACAACAGCAUAAUGGGCAAUACAUGGAAGAGAUGAAAACCUUGAUGUUUUAACAAACAGCCAAUAUUAACAUUGAAAACAAUACACUGAGUAUAAGAAGUCACAUUAUAGCAAAGAAGCUAAGUGUAUGUAAAUCUACGUUAGGUAACUGAUUGGUAUUAUGACAAUAGGUUAAAAAUGGUAGCCAUUGUACAAGAAAGCACGAUUGAUAUUGUGGAUUAUCUAAGCCUUUAAGGUGAUCCGCUAUUUUUUCCAUUAUGAAAAUGUCCCAUAGUUUUCUGAGCCAUUGUGAUACACUUGGAGUUUUUUCCUGUCUCCAGGUUGAGGCUAAAAGCAAUUUUGCCGCAGCAAUCAAUAAAAAUAUCAGAUUUUUCCUAGUAGAUGGGACCGUCUGAUCCUCCCAGAGUCCUAGCAGGAUUACUUCAGGGCACUUGGGAAUUGCAUAGUUUGUUAUUGUUUUAAUUUUUUGUAUGAUUCGAUCCCAGAACAACUGAAUUUUAGGACAAGACCACCAUAGAUGAAUAUAGUCUCCAUUUUGUCCACACUGUUUCCAGCAUAGUGGAUUCGUUUCAUGAUUAAUGUGGUGGAGAAGAGUGGGAGACAGGUACCACCUCGCCAUUAUUUUAAAGGAUGUCAUUCUGAUGCUCACUGCUUUAGAUUGCAAGCAGUUUCCUGACCAGAUGGAAGACCACUGAGCAUCAGAUAAGAUUGUAUUACAGUCUCUGCUCCAGUUUGCUUGGUAUUUCAAUGUGAGCUGAUCAUUCCUUGAGUUUAAAAUAGCAUAUAUUUUAGCUAUUAAACCUUUCCUAUGAGAUUGUGUUAAUUUAAGUAAAUAUUCAAAGUCAGUUAGUUCACGCUUUAAUGAGGUUACAAGUGGCUGACUUUCUAGUAGGUGUCUGAUUUGGAGGUAUUGAAACCAUGGGAUCGUAGCAUUUGUAUCCUUUUCUAUUUGAGCCUUGUUCAGGAUAAUCCCAU